AUGGGAAAAACAGCGCAUACAUCUCGUCCUAAGCCACAUUUAUCUGCUUUUAAAGCUUAUAAACCAUGUUCUAAUGCACAUACACAGACUCCAACGCAUAUAUCAUCAUUUGAAACGCAUAGACCCUAUUCUUUGACCCAUACUAUUAAUAUAUCGGCUAAUUCAAAAAUGCACCCACAGAGCCUUUCAACGCAUACAUUCCGUAAAAAUAUGUAUUCUCCUCAUAAUAAGACGCAUAUACCCCAAGAAAUGGCGCAUACACUCAGCACUUCAAUGCAUAUACUUGAUUCUUCAGCAGAUUAUCUGGAGCACCAGCUAAACCAGCUUGCUCGUGCUCAACAGGACGAAGAGCACGAGAUUUUUACUGUUAAAGAAACUUCAGUAGCUCCUGCAGUGUCUACACCAUCACUGUUAACAAUACUGCUUACAUCGCCGCAAAAAACCGGAUUUUCAGAGUCUACAGGUGUUGAUCUUCUCUCAGAUCAUGGAUCAACAAGUGGACAUUCAACGCCUACGCCGCCACUUCUGCUACACUUUGCAUCACGGCCAAGUGUCAAAUUUGCAGCACCUCCUCUGGGACGGACGAAUACACAGGAGCUGACACACGAGCUACUGCCAAUUUUACAGCCGCCGUGCUUUCAACAAGGAUUUCAGCAGGGUUUGCAAAUAGAUUCGACAACAGAACGGUCUCAGCAUCAUGUCCGAUUUCAAGCAAGUAUUGUAGGGACAGACGGUGUAUCAGGAGCAAGAACAGUAAGUGGAGGAACAGGAACAGGGGUUCUUUUAGAUCGAUUGAAUCAUUCAGGAGAAAUAGCAGGCAAAACAACGAGUAAAAUCUUACUAGAUCAUGUACUUCCGAAAGAAAAAAUGAAUCUCAUUGUUCAAGAUGAAGAUGAGCUCGAAGAAGACUUGGAUGCACAAGAAGAAGACUUGGAAGAUGAUUUAGACGAUGAUGCGGAGAAAUUAAAGCUGCCGCAGCGUCCACGAGGGGUGCGGAUGCCUCAAUGGACUCAAAAAAACAUGGGACAGACGUGUAAAGACUUUUCUGGCUUAAAUCUUGAGUCAGAGAAGCCAAGUGUGAACCACGAUAACGUAAAACAUCAUUAUUUCGAAUCAACCUCAUACCAGAGUAUUAUUGCGGCUUCCUAUAGUCCGCUGCAAAAAUAUCUGGUACCAUCGGCUGACGACGUUAACGAGCAUCCCGAGUCUUUCCCGGAAUCCUUAUCUAAAAAAACUGGCUUUCAAGACGACAUGGACCUUGUUCUUGGCUGUCUCGACGAGGAUCAAUUCAAUAUAGCCAAGUCAGAAUCACACUUGCAUACUUUCGACUCUCAAGGAACAGCACAGCGCAAUAUCGAUCCCACAUUUCUCUAUUCAUACACAGACGAAAGCGAUAGCACUAGCAAUAGUCUUUUGGAAAACCAGCAUCCACACUACCACCCAUCUCCCUCCGUCCAUAUAAAAAGAAAUCCAGCAAAGACCUUGUCGAUCAAGUCACUGCCUGGACAAAAGAAAGCGUUUUCCGGAAAACAAUAUUUUGCAAGAUAUUUUGACACAAACGUAAUCCAUACGGUCAACAUACCGCUCCACAGAGACACACGGGCCAUCAAAACCAUACUGCAGACAAUCCACACAGACACCUCACACACUAACAUUCCAGACACUCUAGACACUCUAGACGGCCCAGAAGCACUCCGAAAACCACCCGCUGCUCCCGGCUCCUCAGCACCUUCUUAG